UGUGUAACAUCCCAUAGUGGGAGUGCUCUAGCUUGCCUGAUUAUCAGUGGCCACUGGCUGUAGGUAGUCUUCAUUGUGUGUUCAGAUACCAAUGUGUGUGUGCUGGGUACUGAAGAGUCUUCAUUCUAUAGGAUUUAUAAGCGUUGAUUGUUCUCAGUUGGGGAAAUACGACAGCGUGUGUUCAGAUGUCAUAAGGAUAUUUACUCAGAUAAAGGAUAUAGCCGACUGUUUGUAUACAGAGAUCAUCCAUAGAAACUGAUGUCGCAUUUUUAGGAUGUAACUGAGAGAGCAUCGUUGGGAAGUUUCCAAUCACGAUGGCUGAGAGUUCCUUGGGGAGAGGUGUCGCCGAUGGCAGCCCUGGAUAUGAGAGAGAUCUCCCCCGAAAAGAAGGUAAAACCAAAAGAUCUGAAAACCACAAUGCAAGCAACAACAACCUGGUUGAAGACUCUUCAACAAGACGCUGCAGCUGCUGUCCAUAUGGCUACCACAUUGAUCUGGACUUCCUAGACUUUUGCCAGGACAUAUCCUCUGGAGCUAACCUUAAAAAGUUCAAGAAAGUCAAGCGGUCAAGACCUCGGCACGAGGCCGUGAAGAGCAUUAAACCCCCACCUCCACUUGUCCCACCGAGGUCUGUCUCCGUUACCAAACAUCAGAAGUGGAAGCGGCAGAGAGACAGUCUGGAGGCUGACAAGAUCCUGGAAAAGGAGAAUGCCGCAUUUGCCGCCACAUACAGCCAGUUUGCUAAUUUGAUUCGUCGGCGUUAUAUGAGUGAGGACGGGAACUGCUCGGACAGUCCUGACCGCAACAGCUACGACCGCAACAGCUAUAUACCUAUGGACACACAGAGCCUACCGCCUCUACCACUCGAUGUAAGUCUCAGUGAUGUCGAAACAGAGAGUGUGUCGUCCUGUUAUAACAUCCCACCAGCAAUGGACAGGAGACGGAGCCUUCCCGGUGAAAACCCACUCGAUGAUGAGGACCCAGGUAACUACCUUGGCAUUCCUCAUCACCUUCAGGCCACGAACCUUCUUAGAAUGUCAAUGCAGAGUGGAUCAAACAGCUCCAUCUCAUCCACCUCGUCCUUGAACUUUUCACAUGCUUCUCUCAGCAACCAAAACAGCAAUGGGUACGGGCCAUCACCAUCCCCACUGCUGGGGCAGGCUUUCUUCAACAGUCUUGAAGGCUCUUUGGCGUCAGGACGGUCAACUCCAUCCUCGAUUAGCACCACUGCUCUGUCCGGAGUGCGACAGCAGAUGGCAGCUGCCCUCAGUCGACUGAAACAACUUGAGGAUCAAGUCAAGGCAAUCCCAGUCCUCCAAGUUAAAAUAUCGGUGCUUAAGGAAGAGAAGCGACUUCUCAUGCUGCAGCUGAAGUCAAAGAACAAGAGACCAGAUUCUCGAUCAAUUGCGAUCGGUGACGGGUACACAGAUGGCAAUUAUGCCAACUCAGAGGGUGAGAUGGAACUUACAGAUGGCUAUCAGAAUGAUGAUUACAAUACCAAUCAACCUCAAAUCUCUGCUGUUAGUGCCUUACAGAGAAUCGGCAAAGCCAAACCGGACCUCGCUGCCAAGAAAGCAAUCGUUACCCCCGUCCAAAGAGCACCAGUUGCAACCAGAUCUGUUGGUGUGGACGUUAACUUCGUGGAGAAAUCAGAGACCAAGUCGAUCGGUAUUAAUGUCAGCGCCGAUGAUCAGCUCAAGACUAGAGUGAAUGGCUGGAACGGUCAGCAUUUGAACGAUGAUCUUCUCGCAGAGGAAAACAUUAUACAAAUGAGCAGUGUUUCUCGGCAACACUCGUUGCCACCAAAUUACAGAGCCAAUGAAACUGAUAACAAUAUGCAAGGAAAAGUAGCAGCUCAGGAACAUUACAAACGUGCAAUGAAAGCAGAGCGGGUGAACAGCCUCCCAGAUCUUUCUUUCUCACCUCCACCUGUCGCCCCCAAGCCAAGAAUCAGACACGUUGGGAUAAACACUUCAUUGACAGAAUCUUGUGAUAAAUCAGUUAUGGUGCUCCCUAAAGUGAGUUCUCAAGAAACAAGUACCCUUUACAUAACCACUGUUGAGCAGGGAGUAGAUACUGAGAUAGAUGUGGUAAGUCAAGGAACUGGUACCGAUCGAACAGUCCAUAAAGAGUGCACCACUAAUACAGACAAUCCCACACUUAAAGACCGGUCUACCUCCAUGGAACCUGUGGUGUCAUCAUUCAGAGAUCGCGGUUUGAACACUGACGUCAUCCAAACACGGAUUUCCGCCACUAAUACUGGCCCUAUGGUGCUGAAGAAGCCUGGGCAGAGUGUUGCCUGCAAUACGGACACUGUUGAGUUUGCACCGCAGACGGUUACGAAAGAAUCCGGUACCAACCCAGACAUUGUUAUUGCUUGUGCUCAGGCAACAAACACAGAAUGCGUUGAAUGUGUGGAUUUUGGAACAGAGGUUCACAUUAUGGUUCAAGAUUCUAGCACAUCAACGCUGUCGACACAGUUAAAGGAGCAGUGUGUGGGUGUGGACCUACAGAUUACAGUACCAACUACAGAUAGUUUCACUUCAACCGAGAGUGUCGCUUUAAAUGAUUGCACAACGAAUACUGAGAAAGUGCCGGUGACGAGUCAGGGAGUUGAUUGUAUCAUCGAGACGCUGGAUCAUUUCACAUCAACAGAUUCUACUGAAGUCAACCAUGAAUCCACUAAUACUGAGUGUGCGUCUCAAUCACAUGUAGGAGUUGACUGUAUUCCUGAUGUGGUAGAGAGUUCAACAUUAACAAUUACAAGCGAGAUAAGUGAUGGAUCAACAAACACAGAUGCUCCAGAGGUUUCUAGCCGAGGAGUGGACUGCAUUGUGGAAACAUCAGAUCAAUCUGUGGAUACAGUGGAUCAACUAGUGGUUGAAUGUGUCGACGAGGAUAUCAUUGUUCAGUCUGUGAAUGAAAAUCUCAUGGCAGCUAUGCCAGCUUUUAAGCCUGAAACAGCCGAUAAGGCGCUAUCCACUUUGAUUAUUGCUGAAACUGUUGAAUGUGGCACAGAGAUGGAUGCCCAAGAAGGUGUGGAAACUGCCAACAAAUCUUCAUCGGCUCUGAUCAGUGCAGAAACUGUUGAAUUUGGUACCGAAAUGGAAGUCCUUCAAGUCACGGAUGGCAGUACAAUGUGUGAAUUAACCACCACUGAGUUUGGAACAGUCACUGAACAGCUUGGACUAGAGAUGGGUAUAAACACUGACCAACAAGAACUGACCAGUGUUGGUUGUAACACUAAGACUCUUCCAACGGUUGCCGAUGCUGGCGUCGAAGUCAAUCUGAUUGAGAAAGUCACAAAACCAGUGGUGUCCUCGGUGGCUACCAGUUACGAUGUUGAUAAUUCAAGAACACUCGGUGUUGGCAGUUGCUCUGUCUAUGAUACAAUCUGUGAUCGCUGCACGAACUUGACCACAUGCAGUGUAGCAGUAGGAUCGUCAGAAAAUCCGACAUCAACUACGAGAACAAUUGGAACAAGUUCCAGCAUCGCAACAAAAACUAUCGGAGUUGGUCUCAGUGAAACUUCUCUCAUUAGCAUGGGUGUUGGUGAUCGCAACAUCGACGAGCCCUUAUGCAAUAUCUGUGAUCGGCCGCUCAUGAAAACAGUCAGUACGGAGAUCACAGGUCCUCAGACAUGUGAUCAUGCUGUUGGGGACUCAAGGAUUGCCGGCCAAAUCACGGAGGGCGUUGGUGACUGUACAUUAACAGACCGAAUCUGUGAGCACUGUGACACCAUGACUGUGUCUUCAGUCGGAGUUGGGAAUACAGACAUCAAUGAGUAUACGAAGACGCAAAGUGUCCAGGUCGGGUUUGUGCCGAUCGAGGCUCCUAUAUCACAAUCCUCGGUUCAAGGGACUUUGGCUCGGCCACGCCUGUCCCAACUCGAAGACAUUCUAGCAUCUUACUCACCAGACUCUACCGACUCGCCUUUCCACGAAAACCCUCUCACCACCGACCCAAACGAGUCCCCAGUUUUCCUCCCACAGUACCACUCUCCUUACCAAGAACUGUCCACCCCGGAACAAGAUCCAGAAUCUCCCAUUCAGAGGGAACUUGUGUCCACUGAGAAAUCUGUGGUUCUUGCACAUAGAAAUAUCCCAGGAAAUAACAACAUUGCUAAGGCAGGGUACCAGGAAAUACCAGAUGGGACUGACCAGUGGAACAGGCAAGAAGAUCGAGUCAUCUCCAUGGCAACAUCUAGCCACUCGUCCAGUGAGCUGCAGACGAUUCAUCAAUCCAGCGUCACCAUGACAACAAGGACCACUAAGACCACAUCCCAGUCUCUCCAGACAAAGACAGAGAAGACAGGGCGAGGAGACAGGGAGCUAGACUAUGAGGAGGAUGACUUCAUGACGGAUGGCUUUGCUAAUUUACAUGCAAUACUUGCAGGGUCUAGUCCACAGACCAGAGAGGGGUCCACGCUGAUGGAACAGUCCAUUCAGGAGAGGGAGACUGAGCUGAGGAAGGAGGUGACAAACACUGCGCCAGGACACGUUGUGAUGAGUUCAAGUGAAGACUCGUCAGACUCGGAGUCAGAAACCACCACGGAGAGCUCUGAGUCGUCUGAGACGAUGUCUACCUCCAUCGAAGGAGGGUCCUACGAUGGGAAAGUCAUCAAGCUCAUUAAGAAAGGGCAACGCAAGAAGAAGAACGGGAAUGCAGAGAGGAUGAGACCGGUGGACAGGGAGAGGUAUACGCUUCCUGUUGAGGUGACCAAAGCGUGUAGCGCCCUCGGGAAACUCAUGGAGAUGUCAGGUGACAGUAAUGCUAAAGAUAUGACAACCUGCCUCUCCACUAUCACAAAGGAGUGGUUCCGUGUGACCAGCCAGAAGACAUCAGAUCCUUACCAGGUAGAAGACAUCCUGAGUGCCCUCGCAGAAAUGGGAAAGUCCAUCCUGGAGAAGAUUGUCAACAUCUCGGAUGCCAAUGGGAACACAGCGCUGCAUUACUCUGUCUCCCAUGGUAACUUCACCAUAGCAGACCUCCUCUUAGAAGCCCAAGUAUGUGAUGUAGAUCAACCAAACCGAGCCGGCUACACAGCAAUCAUGCUAGCCUCCUUAGCGACCCUCCAGAGCGAGAAACAACGCCAGACACUGGCUAAGCUGUUUCACCUCGGCAAUGUGAAUGUACGAGCUACACAGGCUGGGCAGACAGCAUUAAUGUUAGCCGUGAGUCAUGGUAGACUGGACAUGGUGAAGCUACUACUAGAUGCGGGAACCGAUGUUAACAUACAAGAUGAGGAUGGUUCUACAGCUCUGAUGUGCGCCAGUGAACAUGGGCACCAGGAGAUUGUGAAAGUGCUUCUGGCUCAUCCGCAGUGCGACCCAGCGCUCCUGGAUAAUGAUGGAAGCAGUGCAUUCUCUAUUGCUAUGGAAGCAGGCCAUAAAAACAUCGGAGUUCUUCUCUAUGCACAACUCAACUUUGCCAAGCAAGCUGGAAGCCCGAAAAGAAGAGCACAGAGUGCAUCACCAAGAUUUCCAGCUUAUACUUAUAGCUUUAUAAACUUGUCCAGGAGUGCUGUAUCCCCAGGGCCAGCCUCACCCAGUCCGUCACCCAGUCCGUCACUCUCAAGCCUCUCCCCAUCCCCUUCUCCAUCGCUAUCAUCAGCUAGCUCCCUCAGUGACCUCAGGUCAAUGACCUCUCAUGGGUCAAGUCGCAGCCGGUCGGUCAGCCCCAACUCCCGUGCCCCGACCUUCCGUCAUUUCUACCCUGCCCGCCCUGUCCAACAAAGCUCUUCGACCACAUCGCUGCGGACAUCUGGUCUGAAAAGCCCCUCACCAAGAGGUGCUGCCUCCUUACGCCAGGCGAGCCGCGGGAGCAAGGUGGGGGUUAAGAGCCCUAGUACGGUGAAGAGAAGCGUUGGUACCGUUCCGGGGUCACAGAGGCCAUGUAGCGUUGGUACUAAACAAGCCACUAGUCCAACAAGACCAACAGCUACUUCCAGGAUCUCCAAAUCCAAUGAUAAGUUCUCAACCAUGUAACGACAGAGUGGGUUUUUGAAAUUAAACCCAUUACUAGAAAAUGAAAACAAACUGAUUUUUUCCUAGAAAAACAUUUCUAUGAAAACAUGUGUAUCCAUAAACAGGCGUAACAAAUCUGGAAAUCUUCCAUUCUUUUUUUACAUUUUUUAUCUGAAAGUGAUUUUAAAAAGCAAUCAAAUUUUGACAUACAUUUUUAGAAGAACUUUUUUUUAAUUCUAGUGUUUGAACAUUGGUCUUCCUUUCAUACAUGUAUCACUGCAUGUUUUGGCAAAGGCCUUUUGACAAAUUACUUCGGCCAAUAACAGCUGUGGGUAGAUUUUUAAGAAACAUAACAUUAGAUGUUUAUGUUUUUUACUCAUUUUAGUGUCUUUACAAAUUCACGAAUAUGUGAUAAUUUACACAAAACAUUCAUCGUUUUAAAACUUUGCAGAGCACGUUUAACUCAAAACAUAAUUUAUUGUUUUUUCGUAUUUUUAAUGUUUUAAGAACGUUUGAUACAUCACUGUAAAUACCAUUACUAUUAAUUAUUCAAUGUUGUUGAGACUUACAAACAUGAUAAAUGGAAGCCAAUUUGUUUCUGGAUGUUCAAUUGAUUGUCUGUGAAUUCUGCGAUAUAAAAAGAUAAAAUGCACAAGAAUUCAAGUUAUUAGUGCCUAGUGAAACUUUAUCCUUAAAAUUGAGCCGAGCAUUAACCUUUCUCUGAGAGGCCACGGAGCCCUGGUCUUGGCCUUAGGCAGAGUCUUAGGCCGUGUCCGAAUUGGCGACUUCGGCUAUAGCUACGGCUAGGG